AUCAAAUAUAUCGCACUAAUAAUACAAUAGUGUAGCAACUCAAAAUGUGUCGAAGUUGCCAUAGCAAUAUAAUCAAACGCAAAAUUCAACGCCUUACAAGUCACUAAAACCGUCAUAAGGAUAGUGCAAAAAAUGGAUAAGAGAUGGCGACAUAAGUCUUUAUUCAUGACUCGCCGACUGUCUUGACCCCACCCUUAAUAUUGCGUCAUCUUUAGUUGCGACCAACAGUGAUAGGGGAACGACGUGCCGCUUUGCGCAAUAUUUCGAGUUGCAGCGUUAUUCCUGGAUCAGAUUCAGUAUGCAACGUGGGCGAUUACUUGUUGGCUUGGCAACAAAAACUACAGGACACCAGGAAAAAGAAAACGACGAUACUUUACCAUCAUUAUCGUCACUGGUGAGUACAAACAAUGAAUCUGUUAGCCAAAGAGAAGAUAGUGACAUUGCCAAAGAACAGUCAACACAUUCGUUACCUUCACCAUCUACAAGUAAUCAAGUACUUCAAGAAAUUGACGUCAACAGCUCCCCGAAUUUGGUCAGUAAUGUUGAAUCAGUAACCGAAUGUAACCAAAAGAAAUAUUAUAUUUCACCAUUACACUCAGACCAAAGCGACUUUGAUGAUUCUGACCAUGAUCCGCAUUUUAUUCCUAAUUCACAAUCGCCAAGUAAAACCCCUAGUUUGCUUCGAGGCCGACCAACCAUCGAUCGAUCGUCCAGUAGUUCUUCUUCGGGAAGCUCUUCAAGGAGUAGCUCUUCUUCAAGUGGAUCUUCUUCCAGUAGCUCUUCAUCGAGUAGCACGGAUAAUAGAGUUGUCGAUAACUUAAGUCCCAUUGCUGGAACCAGUGGGCUGACUGCUGAAUCAAAUGAUAAUUCGGACGAGCAAUACAAGUCUAAGGGUAAAAAGAGGGCACGUAAAGUAGAAACCUGGAAACACAACGUGGCCAAACGGCUACGCAAUACCGGCAAAGCUUAUGAAUCAACUAGUAAAAAACAAGUUCCAGCAAGGAAAAUGGGACCGACGUGUGGCGAAAAAUGCAGGUUAAAAUGUAGCUUGAAAAUAAACGAGACAUCAAGACUGGAUAUUUUCAACAAGUAUUGGAAUUUGGGAGACUUACGAAAACAAAGAGAAUUUAUAAUUAGACAUAGUACAUCUAUUAAACCAAAAUACAGAUACUCAUCUACUCAAAAUUUUCGUAAACUAAACACAGCAUUUCAUUUUCAAGUAAACGACGAUCACAUUAGAGUCUGUAAAACAUUUUUUAAGAAUACUCUUGCAAUAAACGAUAGACCAAUUGCUACAGCAUUAGCAAAAAAAACCGAGAGUGGUUUAAUAGAUGAAGAAUUACGCGGGAAACAUGGCAAGCAACGUACUAUAGAACCGGAAGUCUAUGACGGUGUAAAAAACUUUAUAAAUGCUAUACCACGCGUCGAAUCCCACUAUCUUAGAGCCCAGACGUCACGGGAAUAUAUACAGGGUGACAAGUCUUUAGCUGAUUUAUACCGUGACUACAAAAGUAAAUGUACGGAGCAAGACUUACCAUUUUCGUCUGCAUCAACUUUUAAUCGCAUUUUUAAUAAAGACUUUAAUAUUUCCUUCCACACGCCGAAAAAAGAUCAGUGUGAUUUUUGUGAAUCUUUUAAAAAUGCUGAUGAAGAUGGAAAAAAUAAUAUUAUUGAGGUGUAUGAAACGCAUUUAAGAGAAAAAGAAUUGUCAAGGAAAGAAAAAGAAAAAGACAAAACUGCUAAAAUAGAUUCUACAAUAGUCGCUGUAUAUGACUUACAAGCUGUGAUGCCAAUACCAAAGGGCCAAAUUUCUUUAUUUUAUUAUAAAAGCCGAAUUAACUGCUUUAAUUUUACUGUAAGCGACUUAUACGCUAAAAAUGUUGAAUGCUAUUUUUGGGACGAGACAGAGGGAAAACGUGGUGCGAAUGAGAUUGAAAGUUGUAUACUGAACUACAUAGAACAAAUGAUACAGGUUCACCCUGGUAAAGAAUUAGAUUUUAUAUUUUAUUCCGAUAAUUGCUGUGGGCAACAAAAAAAUAAGUACCUCCUUACAGCUUAUGCAUACGCAGUACAAAAAAUGAAAGUGAAAAGUGUAACUCACAAGUUUCUGAUUCGCGGCCACUCUCAAAAUGAGGGCGAUAAUGUCCAUAGCGUCAUUGAAAAACAAGUGAAGCGUUUCCUUAAAUCUGGCCCAAUCUAUGUCCCACAACAAUACAUCACAUUAAUUCAGACCGCUAAAAAGACAGGAAAACCUUAUAGAGUGACAGAAAUGACUUAUGAUAAAUUUCGUAAUCUUAACCCAUUCUUGACCACCGUGCCAAUUUGGGAACACUUAUUUUUUGAGGGUAGAUAAAAAAAGUGUUGACACCAGUGUAUGUUCUGUUGCGUAGUUGUGAAGGCAAAAGAGUGCGCUUAUGGUAAAAAAUUAAAUAAAAGCAUAAAACAUCAAAAGUGAUAUUGUUUUCAUAAAUUAAAAAUAUCUAUUUAUAGAAGCAUCGAGGUAAGUGCAUAUUAUUUACUUAUACGACAGGUCGAUGUACGAUAUCGUGAUAGUGGUUUUAGUUAUUAUAAAAUAAGAUAUUGGACAAACGUUUAUAUGUAAAUUUAGUAACUUUUAUCUUAUGUAUGCAAUUAUACGGUCAAGUAAAUAUUGGUGUGCCAAUUUUGGUACAGUGGCUACAAGUGUGCAAUAAUUGAAUAUUCAUUUCAGGACUUCAAGAUGAGUCGAAAACAGACUUUUAGCGCCAGUAAUAACUACAGAGGACUUGAGGAUGCCAUUCAUGACAUAAUAGAGGAUAGUGAUGACGGUUUGGAGUAUGACCUAGCCAUUAUUCCUCCAGAUCCAAGUAUUGUUACUGAUGAAGAAGAGGGUUUCGACGAAGAUUUGAUGCCGUCGAGCUUACCAAAUGACGUUCCUGGUAACAUUGAAGUAUUUGUUCACAAUAUUGGUAGUCUUUCAGACUCUGGUGACAGUAGUGAUGAUGAGCCUUUGGCUGCAAAAAAAGCACGUAAAGACACAGGUAGUACAUCACAUGCAGAGCAAUCCAGAAACACUGUACCAUCUCGUCGUCAAGCCUUGAAUAUUCCAAUUUGGCGAAAGUGUGCUCCUAACUAUUCUACUCAAUACGAAGAAACUGAGGAACGGUUACUCUGUGAGAACCAUGUGAAAGAGCAACUAAAAGAUUUGACUCCUGUUCAAAUUUUUGAAAAGCUUUUUGAUGAUGAAGUAUUUGAGAUGAUUGUACACUUUAGCAAUCUUUAUGCGAGCCAAAAUAAUAGACACAACUUUUGUGUCACAACUGAAGAGCUAAGGAUAUUUUUUGGAAUACUCAUUCUUUCAGGUUACCAUAAGUUACCUCGAGAACACAUGUAUUGGUCUUUGGAUGAAGAUGUUGGCGUAGAAGUCGUGUCAAAAGCGAUGUCAAGAAAUAGAUUUAGAGAAAUCAAACGAAACUUGCAUUUGGUAGACAAUAAUGAUGCUUCGACUACUUCUGAUAAAAUGUUCAAGGUCCGAAAAUUGUCCGAAGUACUCAUGAAAAAAUAUAACCAGUGGGGUAUUUUUCACGAGUUUAUUUCAAUCGACGAAUCAAUGAUUCGGUACUAUGGCCAUCAUCCAGCCAAGCAAUUUAUUCGAGGCAAACCUGUUCGGUUUGGUUACAAGAAUUGGGUUGCUGCAAGUUCUUCAGGAUAUUGUUAUAGCUUUGAUAUUUACUGUGGAAAGUCUACCACGCCGACCACUGAGCCACUUGGUACAAGAGUAGUAAAAUUGCUACUCAAUAAAUUGACGACGAAUGCUGCAAAUCAUAAAGUAUUUUUUGAUAAUUUUUUUACCAGCUGUGAUCUACUCUAUGACUUACGUCAGUCAGGAUUUCGGGCCACUGGAACUGUGAGAGAAAAUCGUACCAAAAAAUGCCCAUUAUCGUCUGUAAAGGAAAUGAUGAAAAAAUCACGAGCAGUAUAUGACUACAGGUUUGAUAAAAAUAAUGAAAUUCUUUUGGUCCGCUGGAAAGAUAACAGUAUUUGCACAAUGGCUACCAAUUACGACUCAUAUGAGCCUUUAGGACUUGUAAAGAGAUGGUGUCCAGAAAAAAAGGAGAAGGCUGAGGUGACGAUUCCACAUCUCUUUCAAAAUUACAAUAAAGGCAUGGGUGGAGUGGAUGAAUUAGACCAGUCGAUAUCACUCUAUAGGAUUGGGAUUCAUGGCAAGAAAUGGUGGUGGGUUCUAUUUACCUACAUGAUUGACAUGACUAUAGCAAACGCAUGGCGUCUACAUGUCCUUGCUAAAGAAGAUCCCAUGGACCAAUUGUUGUUUAGGCGAAACAUAGCCAGAUACUACCUCAGGCAUUCAAUUCAGAAACAAAACACUCGUCCUUCGUCAUCAAAUAUUGAUGGGUUACAAUUAGAUGGUAAGAACCACGUCCCUGAAAAACUUGUGAAACGUGUACGGUGUGUUGUUUGUCAUAAUAGAAGCCGUUGGGGGUGCAAAAAAUGCAAGAAAACACUCUGUAUAGAAAAAUCGUGUUUCGCUGAUUUUCACUCUUAGGUGGCCACUGUGCCAAUUUGGGUACACCCCUGUAAUUUCCUGAAAAAAUGUUUUUUUUUCAUUUUCGAGCAGAUUUAUUUGUUUUUGUACUCCUCUUUCAUGAAUAAAUAAAGAAAAAUUAAAAAUUAACAUGUGCGUUUUUAUUUGGCCUCUAAUGGGUUAAAUUACUACAAGAAGAAUGGGGCAAUAAUUUUAACGUAAAUGUCGACAGAAACCAAGUUAAAUGGCACGAUGUUAAGAUGCUUCGUGUUGAACAAGAACAUCCUUUGGCUUUUUUUUACAAGAAUUCUUACGAGGAUGAAGCUUACCAAACUGUAUUUGUACGUAACUCACGACGAACUGGAAAUCAAACUUCAUUAUUUGCUAAUGGUUUGACACAAGAAUACACAAGCAAGAUACCUCUAAGUCAAAAUAAGAAAAGAGACGUAAAAGAAUUACUUGACAAAAAUAUAAUACCAAGAAACUAUCGUGAAACAUACUAUAAAGAUUUUACUGAUUAAAAAAAUAGUAUUAUUUUUGUAUUUGUAUACUCCACUUAAUAUUAAGAUUACCUUUGUGAUUUCUUUGAGACUGAUUGAAAAUAAGAAGAUAAUAAAUAAGCACAUUUUUUAAUGUAGGUUAAGUAGCCAAUCUGGUUAUAACAAUAAUUAGUAAUUAAGGUAAAAAUAAAUAUGACUGUUCUUUGUUUUGGAAUGUUUAUUUUAUAAAAAGUUGAUUGAGUACAAUAUUUAGUUGAUUUUAUAUCUGAUUUGUUAAUCUGAAUUACAGUUUAGGUUUUGGAAAUUUUAUUUUGCAAAAUGUUUAAUACAAAAUGCUAAUGAAGGAAUAGCAAAUUUAUUUGUUUUUGAUGUUGAAUUGAUAUCGACCGAUUAAACGUCGAAUUACUAUUUUGUUUUGGCAGAAUUUUAAAAGGUUUUUGUAUAAUUUCAUUUUAAUAAAUAACAACUGUUAUUGAGAAUAAGAAUGUUUUAUUUAUUCCCAUACUAACCAAUAAUUAUAAGAGGUUGUGUUAAACGUAAAUAGAAUACGGAAAAUGACUUUCAAAAUUGUAGUAAGUGCAAAAAUUAAAUGAAAAACGAUAAAACAAUUUAAAAAUCAUAACGUAUUAAGACAAAAUGUUUCAAAAACAAUGACUCAACUUAAAAUAAUAUUUUGUUUUGAACAUUUUAUUUAGAACUAUACUGUCUUAACUCAAAAUUCUUAAAUAACUCUAUGGUCAGUAUAGUUUUUGAUUACUGCUUUAUAGAUAAUUGCUUUAACGUCAUUUAUACGACACAUAAAAGAGUCAUAUAUGUAGUACCUAUAAUAUGCAACGAGUAAUCAGUUUUUUGUUGAUUCUGAAAAAACACCUAUUUUGAGUUGCUACACUAUUGUAUUAUUAGUGCGAU